CUGCUGAUAAGCGAUAUCCAUUACUUCCUUUUGUUAUGAUUUUGAGGUUAAACGGUAUUUUAACUAAAAAUUGUAAUUUUUUAACUUAGUGAUAAUCGUAUAAUAAUUUAUAAAUGUAUUAAUUGAUAAUUAGAGAGUUUAAUCGCGUAAACCCAUUCAAAAUGCCCGAGGAAGAAGAAAAGCCAAAAAUUGCAGAACCGUCCAAGUCUUCAAUGGAAAUAUUAUCGGAGCUUUUUAGCACGUUUGAUGCGGAACCUCCAAUUAUAGUGAAAAAAGAGAAGGACGAAAGUAAGAAACGUAAAAAAAGCAAGAAGAAACACAAACAUAAAGAUAAAAAGCACAAAAAGAAAGAAAAGAAACGUAAACGUAGUGAUAGCAGUUCUAGUGAACAUUCUGCUGUCGAUUUAGCCGAAUUGCUGAUCAAACAAGAACGUCUUUCGCCUGAAAAGAAGGUUAAACUUGAGGAUUUACCGACCGAGCAAACAGAUGAUGUUAAAGAUUCAAGUUCUAAGAUUAGCAUUACAAAUUUAAAGUUCAGCUCUAUUUUUGAAGCUACCAUACGUGAAGUUAGUGAUAAAAUUAAAGUAGAAGGACACGAAGAUGGUGAAUUAUCAGAUAAAUCUGUGAAGGACGCAAGUGAGGCACAUAGCUCCAAACGGAAAAAAAAGCACAAGCACCAAGAGAAGGUAAAGAAAAAGAAGAAACGAUCUCAUCAUAGCGCCAGCAAAGAGAAAACUAAGUCUGAGAAGAGUCCUAAACACGAAAGUAAGCACAAAGUAGAAAAAUCCAAAGAUUAUUACGAAGAGAAGAACAAGUCUAAAGAUAGGGACCGAGAGGUCAAGGAAAGUAGCAGGCAUCGAGAUGCUAGUGAGCCGAAAUUAAAAGAGACAAGUAGAACGUACGAAGAUUACAAGCACAGCCGCAAGGAAAAUUCGUAUUACAAAGACAGUGAUAAAAGUGACGACAAGUGGUUCAUGAGGGACAGAUAUCGUGGAUAUUCCGAAGCAGACAGGGAGAGGGAUAGAAGGUUUAGAGAUCACUCCAGAUCGCGAGAUAACGAUACGCACAUUGAUAAAAAGAAACUUUUGGAAAUUGCAAGACGGAAUGCAAUACAAAUGAUGAAAUCGGGUAGUUUACCGGCUGCCCUUACCUUGGGUAGGCAUGCUCAAGAAAAAGUGUUGGCCGCAAUUCGUGCUGGCGGUAAAACUAUUGAGGAAUUGACUGAUUUUUGUAAAACUCUUUCAAAUAAAGAAGAGUUGGGAGAAUUAUCCGGUGCAUCGGGGGACGAAAAUGAUAGUGACAAUGAUAAAGGUUUUCAUCAUCCAUUCCAAAUAAAGGAUCGGCCAACUGGCAUAGUUAUGAAUAUUAAGAAUUCUACACCACUUCCUAUAAAAUCAGCCCAAGAGAGAUCGACAGAGUUACGAAUCCAAUUUCCAGUAAGCAGUGGGACUCAUCACAGGAAGACUGAAAGUGAAUGGAUUCCAGUGUCAUCGAAAAAGGUAGAAACUCCACGGGUUAUACCCACGCCUGCGCCUGCACCUCCUCCAAUCGCACCAGUACAGGAACCGAUCGAGGUGCCACUACCACCAUUACCGCCUCCAAAAGUGCAUACCCUACCAGAACCUCCAGAUCCCUCGGUUGACAUUGGAGCAAUAGUUUCUCAGCGAUUAACAGCAAUGCGUAAAUUGCAAGAAAACCCUUAUGACAUGGAGGCAUUAAAUGAAAUGCACAAGUCCCAAAGAGAAAUGCAAACAUGGGCGGAAAGCAAACAACAGCCAGGUCAAUUUACUGGUUCAACAGGCGCUAACAUUUUAACUCAAGCCGAACUGUGCUCCGGAUAUCAAGCAUGGGCGAAAAAGGAUCAGCUUCAAAACGCAGCUCCUGUCUCUGGAGGCAUGGGGAUGCAUCUGUUAAAGAAAAUGGGAUGGAAUCCCGGCGAAGGUUUGGGAAAGGAAAAGACCGGAACUCUGGAGCCUUUGUUGCUCGAAGUCAAGUUGGAUAAAAAGGGGCUUUUGGCGAAUGAAGAGCAGAAAAAGAAACAGCAGAAAUUGGCGAAGGCUACUGUAAAGACUUUAGAAGGAAAACAUCCUGUAUCGCUGCUUGGCGAGUAUACGGCAAAACGAAAAUUGGGAGCACCUCAGUAUCAAAUUUGUAUGGAAAGUGGUCCCGAUCAUAAAAAACUCUUUCUAUUUAAGGUGAUCGUUAACGGCGUGGAGUAUAAACCGGAAACGGCCAGUCCAAAUAAGAAGCAAGCUAAAGCAGAUGCGGCAAAGUUGUGUCUACAGCACCUGGGUUUAUUGAGUGUGACUUGAAAGCUUUGAUUUUAUUGGAACUGAUUUUUUUUAUUGAAAACGGAUGGUGCCAUUUUAUAUGUUAAGAUAUUCACGCUACAGUGAAUGACAGUUGUGGUUAUCCAUAGUGAUGUGAAAAUUUUGCGUAUGUACCUACAAAUAGGUAUAAUUAGUACACAACCAAUAAUUUCCUUCACUAUACGUCCUUGCGGAUUACCAAUAAUUGAAUAUUAUGUAAUUAUGACUUUCCCUUUCUUACAUUGUUAGUGUUUUUUUUAUUUACAAUAAAUGAAUUGAAAUAUU